CUGAGAGUCCUUAACAACGAUAUUUAGUUUCUCUUCUUUUUUUUUCUGUUUUCUUUCCCAUUUUUUCUCCAAUGGAAUCGUCUAUGGGUCAAAAGAAAACAUUGUUCCCCUGUUUUUUUCUAAUGAUGGUGUUCUUUUUAGGGUUUAGUUGCGUCCAAGGACGAACCCUAAAAAAUAUGAAUGUCGAUCAUGAAGAUAACAAGAAAAUGAUGGUAAUGCACAACGGACUGAUGGUUGAUCAAGAGACGGUGCAGCUCUCGCCAUCACCACCGUCGCCUUCGCCGCCACCACCGGGAGGUAAGGGGGCAGAAGAUUUUAGGCCUACAUCACCCGGUCAUAGCCCUGGCAUUGGCCAUAGUUUACCCAACAACUAAUCAUAUUUAUGCAAUUCCACAUAUUCAUGUGUCUCAGUUUGUGUUGUUAACGUCUGAUUUGUUGUCUUUU